AUGGUCCUCAAGCGCCCCGAGCUCUGCCGAGUCACCGGCUUCAACAGCUGGACCGACAUCGAGCUCUGGAUCCGCGACAUUGUCGCGACCGCAUAUCACGAACUCGUCGAAGAUUACCUCAAGGCCUUCAAAGACCGCGGCGAGAAGGAUCCCGGCGGCAACGGGGCCAUCAAGGAGUACUUCGUCCGUUUCGCCUACGACAUCGAGAAAUUGGUGACGAAACGCGCCGCCGAGAUGCAGAGCGGCCAUUCCGGCCAGGAGCAGGAAAUCAACAAGGAACGCUGGCUCACGAUGCACCACUACAAACGGUUCAUGGUCGAAGCCCUCGCCCUCGACCGGGUCAAGGCCGCGAGCUCUCCGGACGAGAAGAACACCAUCUCCAGCAAGGCCUGGGCGGCGAACCCGAUCACGCUCUUCGCCAACAUGUACGAGCUGACCGAUGCGCUCUGCCACAACUACUGGAAACCCGCCGAUUCCGACUGGGACCCGGACGACUCCGAUGUCCCGUUCACCGACCCGGCAGAUCCAUCCGCUGAGCCGCCGCAGAACUGA